ACAUGUGUUUUUUUGUGAAUUUCCUGUUUAUUGUGAAGCGUAAAAUGGCGGGGUUUCAUUGGCGCACAUAGCGGGACAAUAUUCGUGCAAGUCCAUAAAUAAAACAUUUCGGAAAUAUUUACAUCAAACGCACAGGCCAUAAAAUUAUCUUGAAAAGCGAGAAAAACAUCUUCAAAUAUGAGGGAAUGAAAACAGAAGUUUGAGUUAAAAACAUUUGGUAAAUUUUAGCCAUAAAUGGUUACAGCCUUGCCGGAUGUGAUCUACAGGAAGUAAGGUUUUUUUAAAGCAACGCAUACCAUUCUACAUUCUUUAUACCUUUCGUAAAACCCAGCGUUCAGACAUCGCUCUCCUGGCUAAAUUCGAACCGUCUCGUUCCUCAGUCGAAAUCAUUUAAGACGUCUUUUCAAAAUGGAAGAAGAAGAAGCAAGAUUAAAAGCUCUGCUUGAACAAACUGAAGAUUUUGAUGAAAGGAGAAAGAUCAGAGCAGAUCUGCGUGCUGUGCGUAAGAAGAUGUUAGAUAAUGCAGAAGCUGAAUCCAAUGAACGAGCAGCACGUAGAGCUGAGCGUGCAAGAGCUCGCAAGGCCGAGGAUGAUACCAGCAACCACACAGGACCUGUGAUAACUGAUAAACUACUGGCAGAACUUGAUGAUGAAGAGACACUACAGACCUUGCUCAAUGAAAUCCCAACAUCCCAGAUUGAAGACCGAAGGAGAAUACGUGCAAGAAUAAGGGAGGUGAAACGAAAAAGAACUGAAGGAGAGGUAUCCAGUUCACGACGUGGAAGACGAACCAGAGAGACGACAGAAACAGAAGAUUCAGCACAUUACAAAAGGAGAUGCGAUGAAACAGAAAGCAACGAAUCUUCCAGCGUUACUAUGGAAACUACAUCCAUUGAUGAUGUGAUAUCUGAUGAUGUGAUACCUGAUGAUGCCCCACCUGUUUCCAUGGAAACUAAAAGUGAUGAACGUGUUGAUGAGCUCACCAAUAGUCAUGAACUUACUAAUGGUGAUGAACCUGUUAACACUGAUGAAAUCCCUAAUGUUGAUGAUACUGUUACUACUGAUGAAACUGGAAACGCUGAUGAGGGUGUUAAUGAACUCACUAAUGAACUAUCUGGUGAACCAUCAGUAACGACCUCUGACGAGACAUCUGGUGUCUCCAUAGCUACACAUGCUGAUGAACCUGAAGCUGUAACAAUAGAAACAUCAAGUGCCAAAGAUGUAGAAAAUGAGAGUGAUGUUAAAUUUAAGUUAACACUUCGACAAUCCAAGGAUGUUCACAUGAAAGAGGACGUUGAAGAAACUGUGGAACAAUCACCACUUGAUGUUGAGAUGGAUCAUGCUCACGAGGUCCCAGAUGAGGAACCAGUUCAAGCGGAGAUUGAUAAAGACCAACCUGUUAUUGACGGUUUGGAAGAUGAAACAGAAGAUCAAGUCAAAGAAGCUGUGGAAGAUCUGAUAGAUGAUGAAAUCAUGAAUGACAAUCGUGGAGAGCCUGAUGAGAAACUCAAAAGUGAAACAGAAGAUGAACCAGUAAAUGUUGGUGAAGGAAUUUCCGUUGAACUAAAAAUCGGUGAAGAAGUCAAUUUAGACAUUGAUAGAAAUGAUGAGGAAACGAAAGAAGAAGAUGAAGCAAAGGAAGAAGACACACCAGUGGCAGACACAGCUGAUGGUGGAGAAAUCUCAAAAGAUAAAAAAAGCAAUGUUUCCAACGUUUCAGACAAAGGUAAAGACACGCCAAAGGAAGGCUCACGAUGGCCUCCACAGAAUGACGAGAAGAAGAAACACGGUCGUAUUAACCAAGUUGAUUUUAGAACAAACUUGAAGAAAUCUGGAAAGAUUGGACAGAGCAAGGGAGUGGUGCAUCUUGAGAAGAAACCCAACACAGCUGGUGCUCAGGUCGACUUUAGAAAUCUCAAGAAAUCUGGUCGUAUAGCAGGAGGUGGAACUGUGAAUUUGGAAAAUAAGAUCUCGACACAAGGCGCGCAGGUUGACUUCCGUGGUAGUAGUUUGAAGCCGUCUGGAAAGCUUGCUGCAGGAGUUGUACAUUUAGAACGAAAGACAAAUACAACCGGUGCUCAAGUUGAUUUCAGAGGCACGUUGAAAAAAGGAGGGAGUCCUAGUGUGAAACCUUCAACACCAGACGAGAGGAAAGGCAGUUUGAAGUCUGAGAAACCUGAGAAAGUUCGUCAGGAACCUGAAGAAGAAGCUGCUGAAGAAAUAGAGCCGGCAGAGGAAACCGCGGGGAAUUCUGAAAUUGACACAGGUGGGUCGGACGAGAAGGAAUCUUCAGAGAAACAGGACACUUCCCCAGCUCCAGUGAAGGUCACAAUUCCAGCACCUGCUGCAAAGACGUCGCCUGUGAAACAACCAAAACCAAUCCCGAGUAAAAACGAAAAAAUUUCUGCGCGAAAGGAGAAAGGCCCCGCAGGAAGCACGAAGGAGACUGGAAGAAACACGUCUGAGAAAGACAGUGAGAAAGAGGAAUUGCCGGCGCAGGUUGAUCUCAAGUUCGAUCUAAAACUGGAUGGCAAGACCAGACCAGCUGUAAAUGAUAAAGAAGUAACUCCGGCACCCACACCGAAAGAGGUAACCCCUGUACCUGAAGUGAAAGAGGUUAGUCCAGAACCCAAAGCAGAUGAGGUUGCCCCAGCACCGAAAGAGACUACCUCAGUACCCAAAGAGACCACCCCAGCACCCAAAGAGACCACCACAGCACCUAAAGACACCCACGGGGUAAAAGGAAAGUUUGAAUCAAAGUACAAACCAAGAGACAGUUAUAAGAAAAGAGAAGAUGUGAAAAUUGUCAGUGGAGGAAAAAAUAAAUUAUUUGAUAAGAUGUCAAAGUUCCAAGCUAAAGAUGAAACAACUGUGAAACCAAAAGGAUAUAUUCCUGGUACAAGAAGCAGCAGCCAAAAAAAGGAGACCGCUCCAGCAGAGAAAGCGACUGUGAAUGGCAUCGCGGUAAAAGUUGAAAACACUUCAUUAACAUCCAAGGAACCGGAGUCGCCAGUUCAGAUUGAAGUGACAGAACACGUUGAAGAUGAUGGCGAGACACAAAGCAAAGUGGUUGAGGAGAAGACAACGAAACAAGAUGGCGACAUUGUUGAAGAAAAGAAAGAAGUGACAACAACAACAAAGACUACAGAUGGAGGGAACUUGACGACGAAAACUACGGAGACCAAAACAACCACAAAAAAAUCCUUCGUGGAUCCUGAAAUGCACAAGAGAAUGGCACAAAGACAAAAGGAAAGAGUGAUGGCAAAACGUGAGCAAGCUUCUUCAGCGAAGAACAAACGAAUGGCUUUUAUGCAAAAACUUGAAGCGAAUAGUCCUGCUCAAAAAGCGCCUUCGAAUAUAAAACGGUCUGGAUCAAACGUUGAUAAACUUCUGGCAUGGUGUCGUUUCAAAUUACGCAGUUAUGAGGGAGUGAAACUGACAAAUUUCUCGUCAAGCUGGGCUGAUGGUCUCGCAUUCUGUGCUUUGAUACAUCUCUAUCUACCGGAUAAAGUACCCUACGAAGAAUUACUCGCCGCGGGUGACAAAAGGCGGAACUUCGAAGUCGCUUUUGGUGCUGCGAGUGACGCCGGUAUAGCUGAGUUGCUUGAAGUUGAUGAUAUGAUGUCAUGUUCAAGUCCAGAGCCUAAGAGUGUUAUGACAUAUGUCUCGUCAAUAUACAAACACUUCAACCCUUCUUAAAGAAAAUAUUUCGUAGAUUUAUAUAAGAUAGUGCUAGAAAAUAGCGCUGAUAUCUUCAAUGUGCUGUCUUAAAGAUCGACCACAAUGGUUCAUGCCAGGUGAUAAAUUAGGGGAAUUAUGAUAUGAAGCGACGUAAAUUAGGUUGAGUUAUGCAAUUUUUAAAUGAUAUAUUAGUUUUCUGAAAUGGUUUAUAUAGCUUGUUUAUUUGUGUUAAAUGUAUAUAAAAAUACACAAAAAGGUAAAAAGAAAAAGGGAAAAUAUAAUAAAAGUUUCAUAGAUAAGACAUCAUUAUAUUAUGCUUGUAUUAAGUUUCUCGUCAUUUGCUGUUCGCUAGCCAGACUGUACGAUUCUAUAGCAGUAGUUUAUAAAAUAUAAUUCCUCGGAAUAAGGCGUCAAGGGAUUCACAAAUGUUUUAACUAGAUUGAUAUUUUUUCAUGCUUGUGUAAAACAGAUUCAUACCCUAGUUUUUUGUAUUUAGGAUUUUUUUGUAGUGUGAAAUUUAGUAAUAAAUUUAGUUUUCUA